ACGGGGCGCCCAUUCCGCCAGCAGACAGCCAGCAGCACGCAUCAGCGAGCCACCGGGCUUGGGACUAAUCGGAGCGGUUUCAAGUCCUCGACAGUCGCGACCGUGAGGAAUGUAGUCGCCGGUACUACGACAGCGCAGCGCCUGUACACUACGACCUCGAUGACAAGGUGCCUGCUGAGACUCCGCACGUAAACGUUUACCUGUUGGGAGCGCAGCUACUCAACCUGUUCGAUGGGGUGAGGACACUAUAGCGCCGUAUAUGAACCCAGCGUUCCUGGACGACACAUCUUCUUGGGGCUUCCUGUCUUCUGGCCAAAAUCUUCUUCCUCUUCUUCCGAUUACAAAACAUCAAUUGCAUCAUCAUUACUGUCUACACAACAGCCAGCCAUGCUGAAGGUGGUGGGUGCAUCCUGGUUCCAAACCAGGAUGAGCAAGUUGAUCCUUGUGGCAGUGGUUCUCCUAGGAGUAAUAAUUCUGAUCCUCGGAGAGAUUGAAGUAAAGGCAGAGGAUGGUAACUAUGCAGCAACGGUCACUUGGGUGGAGAGCACAGGUUUCAACAUAGAAUUCUGGGGUCAGGGCAACGACCCACAGCAGAUACCACAAGGUGUUGCGAGAGCAUACUACAGACCUGACCUGAACUUUGAUGGGUGGGCCAAACUGGAGAUUCAGACCCACAGUGGUUCACCUGACUGGAUUCAGGCUUUUGCCGCAGGCCUUCUGGAGGGCAGCCUCACGUGGCAGAUGAUUUAUUGGCACUGGAUCAACACUGUGCAGAAUGUGUGCCAAAACCGUCAACACCUUUGUGAAGAGAUCCACUCUGUCUUGGAGGAAAAUGAGCAUUGGACCCGAGAGAAAGCUGCUGAGAAUAAAGCCACCAGUCCUUUCUGGUACCAGGUACAUUUGUUCUACUUGCAACUAGAUGGCCUUGAAGUUGGAUGGAGGCAAGGAGUAGAAAGAAGCAGGCUGGAAUUGGAUAUUCCACACUUGGACUUCAUUUGGAUGAAUGCAGUAACUGACAUUAUUGAUCUGGAAAGGAGACACUCCAGUACUCUUGAACCUUCGUUGGGGCUCUUCACUGCUGCAAAUUUCUCAUCCAUUCUUGUGAAACAUUUGCAUGAUACUCAAGAAAUUUUCAUGGCUCACAAUACCGGAGGAAUGUACCAAUCAAUGCUACGACUUCUUAAGCGAUAUGAAUUAAAUUAUCAUGAGGCACCCGAUGAAGUAUCUGAUGUAGUACCUGGCCAAGUGAUAGAAUUUUCAUCUUAUCCUGGCUCAAUCCAUUCUCAGGAUGACUUUUAUGUAAUCUCUGGUAUGUCACCUCAGGGGAAGAAUCAUCAGCUGAAAAUAGCAAGCAUUCCAAUCAACAACUAUAACAGAGCUUUGUGGAGAAAAUCUAAACCACAACAGCAGGUUCUGUCUGGUCCAAGAGUCAUGACUGCAAACAGGUUGGCACAACAUGCUCGCCAGUGGGUCCACCAUUUGGCAGAGUCUAACAGUGGUACAGGCAAUAGGCAAUGGGUCGUGCUAGACACAGGGAAAGUUGGGAAGCCACCCCGUGAAUCCAACAGGGUGCCGAGGAGGCGUCGUGGCAGUCAAAAGAGCCGCCACCAGAAGCACCACCUGCAUGGUCUACUGUGUGUUGUGGAGCAGCUGCCUGGUCUCACCCGGGCUUCAGAUGUCUCUCACCAACUGAUUGCUGAAGGGUUUUGGGCCUCACUGAGAGGUGUACCUUACCACCAGGACAUCUGUGAUGCAAGUCAUUGUGCCAACAUGAAACAGACACUAGAACAGUCAUCACUAGCAAGGUCUUUCAAAGAAGAUCAGAAGAGAGCAACAGAUGUAGCAACAAUAAUGUAUCUGAUGAGAAAUUAUUAUUACAAUGACACCUUAUUAUCUGAAGAUGAACAGUCAAUGAUAGCACCAAGAGGUGACAUACAACUCGAUCCCAAGCUGCCACUUGGAGUGAUUGAUACAAAGGUUUCCAUCUGGGCGCCAAAUACAUCUGUUCAAGUUUAUGCCAUUGCUGGUCCACCAUUCAGUAUGAAUGCAAAUAUAAGUGCAGAAAGUAAUGAUGAAAGCAAUGAUGUGCCUCAAGAUGAUGUUGAUAAUCACAAAUAUCCUGUCUUUCCUUAUAAAUGGUCUUCUAGUUCUUUUGUGAAUUUAUCUCACCUGGGGCAACCAGAUGUUUGGAAUUUCAACAUUUUUGUUUCAGAAUGGUCCUGGCACCAACAUGGAAAUUAUACAGUUGCCCCUGAGAAGCCAGAUUAAAGAGUGUCUUUCUAAUAUCUUUUUUUGUCUUUUUGUGAUUAUUCUAAAAAUCUGUCUUCCAUUAUUACUGAAUAAAACUGAAUUUUUU